UGUGAGCACGCACGGCGCGUCAGAAAGAGCUUGUGCCUUUGUUUUUUCGGCGUUUGAAAGUGUACCUUUGGACAUUUAGCAAUAUGAUCUGCUGAAAUUGCAAGUUGAAGGUUACAGCGAAAGAUGGCCGACCUUAGCCACCUUAACGACGAAGACAUCCGUAAAAUUAUACAGGAUGAGAAAGUAAUGCUUGACCUUUGUAAAAUAUUAGCACCCGCACCCGGCGACUCGGAGGAAGAUAUCCGACACAAAGUGGCAGGCCUCCGUAAAAUGCUAGAGCUUCAGGAAGCGGAAGUACUGUCUCAGGUCGAUAGAGAAGUGUGCAGUUUGCGCGACGAACUUCUUUGCAAAGUUAGACGUAUGCUCGAGCGCAAGCUAGAUAUAUUGAGGACAAUGGCCCAGGGAGCACUGGCCAGUGCGCAAGCAGACGAAUCGGCAAAGUCACGCAGCUCGGACUCGCUGCGCUCACUGCUAACGUUCGAAGUGAGACGCGUGGAGGGUUUCAGCUGCGAGUCCUUUGCUUACAUCCGCGGCUCUGCUGCUUUACCGCAGAGGUUGCACUUCAUCGAAAACUAUGAGGAGCACGAGUACCACGUCGGAAGUAGGAUCCAAAUGUACUACUUGUCCGCGAUGGGCUGUGACCCUGAUUUGAUUCACUACAUUACAGUUUGUGUAAGUCAUGAGACAGGCGAGGAGCAGGUACAGGUAUUGAAUUGUGAUCUCAUGAACGGCAUGUAUCUGCUGGAGUUUUCGGUGGGUCGAAAAGGAAUUUACGUAGCCCGCGUGACCCUGUACGACCGGGACAUCAGUGGAAGCCCACAGAGGAUAACUGUUCAGGGUGCAGCGGUGUAUGAGGUGCCGCCGAUUGAUAUUGAAUCUUCAGACGCCGCAGGGCAAGACCCGAACACGGUAGCUGGCGUCACUGAUGCAGCAGUGGCUGCGGAUAUUCGCUGUGCUUCUGCGUCUAGUGCCACAGAUCUCGAGAUGACCAAACAUGCUAUUGCAAAAGAACCUCAGGUUUCAGAUCUUGCUCCUCAAGGGCAUUACGACGAGCUCCCCGCGACAUCCGCAAAUCAACUGCACAGUGACCUUCAGCAGCCAUUUCUGCAAGCCUUGCCAUCUGUGGCAGGACCGAGCUUCUCUGACACCUCUAGCAAGAUUCCUGAACCACCAGCGAACAGUAUUCUAAGCAGUUUCUUCACUCCCAUUGAGCCCUCUCGCCAGCUGGCAACCACAAUAAACUCUGGUGUAUUGAACGGUCAGAAGAGUCCUCUAAAUGGAUUUUCAAUGGACAUGGCAAGCUCCAGCAAACAGAGUUCUGAAGCUAUGUUACAACCUCCCCAUGUUGCCAUGAACGAAGAAGCAUCUUCGAGUAGUUCAUCUCUGCUUUAUGGCAAGCCUGGCUCAUCUCCUUUGAAUACCGAUGGGGGAGUAUGCAUUGGAGAGCCUCUGAAGCCAACCUACGUUGUGACAGCCAUCGCCGCCGACUCAUCCACAAAGCAGUCAUCUGCUAGUGCAAAGGUGUCACUACCUUCAACUCGCAAGAAAGAGCCUGUGAGUUUUUCAGGAACAAUCAGUGCCAAGUUGACACUUGAAUUCGACGCCUACAAAAACUCGAAGUUUGCUUUCCCAAUUGGUGUUACAGCUACACCAUCGGGAAACAUAAUCAUUGCUGACACUUCCCAGGACAGGGUUGUGGCAUUUGACCCUCAAGGACGUGCUCUUCACAAAGCCACCUUCUCUGGUUCGUCGGAGUCUUUUCGCCGACCGUCGGCAGUCGUUGCCCUCAAGGAUGAGUCGUACGCCGUGAAGGAUGACCGCUGCAUCUACGUCUUCUCCAAGAACGGCGAGUUCAUCCGUGCACUAGGAAAGGGCAGCCUGUGCAAGCCUUACGGUCUGGCACUCCACGGGGAAGAAAAUUUGUUCACCAUCUCUCUCGGCGAUCCUGUGCCAACGCUGCGGUGCUUCAGUGCAUCGGGAAACUUCGAGCAGUGCGUCGUGUACGGACCACUCGUUCCAUCACCGCCUGUUGGCUCCAAGUGCCGCUUCAUGGAUGUGCAUGACGGCCACAUCUUUGUCUCUGACCUGGGCUUGAGCUGCAUGUACAAGACCGACAUGAAGGGAGUGGUGGUGUCAACUUUCGGCACCAAGGGCAAGGAUCGUGGCCAGAUGGUUGAGCCAUCUGGCGUAAGUGCUACGGACCGCUGCAUUUUCAUUGGAGACAGCAAGAACAAUAGGGUGCAGGCAUUCGAUGCUGAUGGAAAGUUCAUCACAGUGGUGAAGAUGACCUCUGGGAUCAUCAGACCUUCAGGAAUUCAUGUGUCUGAGCGAAACAAACUGUACAUCCUAAACUACCUGCAUGGGGUUGUUGGGGUUUACGACCUCAAAUUUAAUGAGUAAGCACCUUAAUGAAGUGGGAAGGUGUGAAAUGUCUGCUACUUAGUUAUUCUGCUGCAUUUUUUUUGAGUUGAUAAAAAGAUUGGCAUUUAGAACUUUAAGUUCUUCAAAGAUUUGUGUAUGAUUUACCCUGUGUGACAAGUUGCGUAUGAUUUACCCUGUGUGACAAGUGCCUUAUUUAAUAUUCAUUCCAUAUUGAAGUGAUAGCUCUUAAUGUAAGGUUUGCCCUUAAUGCAGUGCUGGCACAUCAUGUGUAAUGUCUGUUGUGCUUUUGUCUGUGUAUGUGUAUGUGAAAGCUGCAGUUCUUUUGGGGGGAAUUGAGAGUGUGCCACUCAGACUUUUUUUUUUGUCUUGCAUUUAUUUUUUCUCAAAGGCAAAUCUGUCUAGUCAGGUUCAUCACCAUGUGUGUUUUGCUUGUUUGUUCUAUU